AUGUCGGCAUCCGCCGCGCGCGUCGUCGUCGCGCGCGUGGGCGCGGGCGCGCGCGCGAGGCUCGUCGGAACCGCGGGGCCCCGACGGGCGGCGGGGUCCGCGCACGCGAACGCGCACUGGCGCGCGGUGCGGUCGCCGCCGGCGCGGUCGCCGUCGCCUGAUCACGCGCCCGCGCGGGCGCAACACGUCACGCGCGCGAGCGUCCGGUCCUUGAGCGGCGGCCACGGCGUCGCGCGCGGCGGAGGCGGCGGCGACGGACGCGGCGCGCGUUCCGUCCACCAGGACGCCGCCGACGCGGCGUCGUCGUCGCGGACGGCGACGUCAUCGUCGUCGUCGCCGCCGUCCGCGCCCGUCGUCGACCCCGCGGACGAGCGAUUCCACACCGAGCUCGUCGUCGCCGCGAUCAGAGCGCCGACGCGAGAGAUCGGCGGGCUCAUGGCGGCGAUCAAGAAGCACACCCUGGACCGCCCGCGUCUGAACAAGGUGAUCGCGGACGUCGAAGAAAGGGAGCACAGCUUGAUCCUCCUCUCGGAGGCGUCGUGCGCGGCGGGCGCGCCGGUCGACGACUACCCGCCCGCGGUGACCGAGGCGCUCGCGAAGACCCCGUCCGCGACGCUCACGACGCACGUGAUGCACCUGGGGUACGACGCGCUGAGCGCGGAGGAAGCGCUGCGGAGGAUCAUCCCGCCGGGGAUCGUGAUCCCGGUCGGGUUCGAGACGGUUGGACGCGUCGCGCACCUCAACCUGAGAGAGGAACACGAGCCGUACAAAGCCGCGGUGGCGGCGGUGCUCGUGGACAAGCUGAAACAGAUCGAGGUCGUGGUGAACAAGACCGGGGAGACGGGCGGGCCGUACCGGACGUUCGACAUGGAGGUGCUCGCGGGGGCGCCGAAGAACGAUCGACCGAACGCGCCGUUGGAGACGGAGGUGAACGAAAACGGGCUGCUGUACAAGCUCGACUUUCGCGCGAUGUACUGGAACUCGCGGCUCGGCACGGAGCGCCAAAGGCUCGUGGACUCGUUCUCCCCGGACGACGUCGUCCUCGAUCUGUGCGCGGGCGUCGGCCCGAUCGCGCUGUUAGCCGCGCGGAAGUGCGAGAGAGUCUACGCGAACGACCUCAACCCGAAGGCGAUCGACUAUCUCAGCGUGAACGAUCAGAAAAACGGAAAGCCGAAGAGACGCCUCGCGGGGAUCACGUGCUUGGACGCGCGCGACGCCGUCGAGCUUCGCGUCUCGAGGGUCGGCUUCGACGCCGACGGCAAGCUUCAAGGCGUGCGCUUCACGCAGGCGGUGAUGAACCUCCCGCAAGGCAGCCUCGAGUUGCUGGACUGCUUCAAGGGGGCGUUCACGCGAGACGUCUGGCCGCCCGAGGCGCUGCCGAGGAUCAACGUGUACGCGUUUUCGAAGCACCCGACGAACCCGGAGGGCGAGAUAGGGGGGCUCGCGGCGCAGGCGCUGGGGUUAGGGCGCUCGGCCAAGGCGCUCGGCGACGGCGUCGUGUACCGCAGAGUGCGCCUCGUCGCCCCGGGGAAGCACAUGAUGCUCGUGAGCUUCGUGUUGCCGGAGAAGGCGGCGUACAAGACGGGGUACAAGCGAUGA